ACAAAAUUCCCAACACCCCUCCCCCCCGCUCCCCCCAACACUUCAGUCUAUAUAGCACAUAUGAUUCACGUCAACUCACUUCACACUUUGGCGCAAAAACACAGUCGUGUGUGACGGAGGGAUGAAAGUUGAGAAAGAUGUGGAUAAGGCAUGGAUGGACACCUUGAGGAGGAAGGUGGAAGAGGCAAAUUGGGACCAGUGGCGCACCGAACAGGCAAGAAUCUUUGAAGUCCCAGGAGUCUUGCAGGAGGCCGAACCCAGGGCUUACAAGCCAAGAAUCGUCUCCCUCGGCCCAUACCACCAUGGCAAAUCUGAACUGCAACCCAUGGAGGAGUUAAAAUGGAACUACCUCAGGAGAUUCGUUCGCCGACAACCCCAGAAGAAACUGGAGGAUUACAUCAAGAAGACUCGAGAGUUGGAAAUCCGAUCACGUCGUUUCUACUUUGGCGACAAAGUGAACACGAAUGAAAGCUCCAUGAUAAUGAGUGGCAAUAAAUUCGUAGAAAUGAUGCUGCUCGACGGCUGCUUUGCGAUUGAGAUCAUGAUAUCCUGGGUAAAGGGUGUGAGUGAACUCAAAGUCGGACAGAAUGCGAUCAAGAAUACAAUAUGGUCGCCGUUAGCAGUAGCGCAAGACAUGUUGCUGCUGGAAAACCAGCUCCCUUUCUUUCUCCUCAAUAGUUUACAUGACACUGCUUUUCCUGAAGAUGCUGGCGGCCUAACAGAGCUGACACAAGAAUUUCUACGUAUGUUCAUCAUGUUCAUGAACGACAACGAGAGAGUCCCCCGCCAUGGUGACCAUGAUUUCCAUCAUAUUCUUCAUCUAUGUCAUUUUUGCAUUGUCGCAGCAAAGAAGCCAUAUAACAGCAAAACCCAGCCAUCAUGGAGCCUCAUGUUUGAAGGAAUGCAGAAGGAGCGGAUGAACAUGUUAAGCUUUUUUCGUGACAACCCGGUUCCGGUCGAACAACCAGCUUCCAUGAUACCAUGGAUUCCAAGCGCGACACAGCUCAAGGUGGCGGGAAUCCAGUUCAAGAUGAAGACACGGGCCAAGAGCUUCCUGGACAUCACAUUCCAGAAUGGAAAGCUGGAGAUCCCUCAGCUUGUGGUCGAUGACCAAACCAACGUGCUGUUCAAGAACCUCAUAGCCUUCGAGCAGUGCUCCCAGGACGCUGGAACGCAUCUUGCGGCCUACGCGUCACUCAUGGAUUCAAUCAUCAAUACUGCUGCCGACGUCGAAUUGCUCCAGAAAGAUCAAAUCAUCAUCAACACAUCGGGCGACAACACCGAAGUCGCCAAUUUCUUCAACAAGCUUUGCAAAGAUGUGCUGAUCAAAGACGAGGACUAUCUUACAAGCAUCUACAGAGAUGUCAAUAAGCACCGCGGCAUCAAAUAUCACAUAUGGUGGCGAACUCUACAUCGUGAUUACUUCAAGAACCCGUGGACGAUCAUCUGGUUGUGUGCAGCCAUUUUCGCCUUCAUUCUCACCAUUACGCAGACCGUGUAUACGGUCCUGAGCUAUAUUCGACCACCUAAAUAAUCUCCUCGCCUACUUGGUACCAUCAUAUGUUUCUUCUCGUCGUCACUCUUCCAUGAUCUCAUCUCUUCAAACUAUUAUCA